AUGAUUAGUGAUGCAGAUUGCAUCAUCACAAAUGUAGAGGCCAAAUGGCCAGGCUCUGUGCAUGACUCCAGAAUCUUUAGAGCCUCAUCUCUCUACCAGCAACUAGCAAGAGGAGAAUUCUCAGGAGUUUUGCUGGGAGACAAGGGAUACCCAUGCCUGCCUUACCUCUUGACUCCCCAUCAGGAGCCCCAGACAGAGGCACAGCACCGCUACAACAUUGCCCAUGCACGCACAAGAGGUUGUAUAGAGAUGGCAUUUGGGCUGAUAAAGUCAAGGUUUCAGUGCCUGAAGCACCUCAGAGUGACUCCACCUAGGGCAUGUGACAUUGUAGUUGCUUGUGUAGUGCUCCAUAACAUUGCUUGUCUGAGGAGAGAGAGGCAACCAAGGAUUGUUGAAGAGGAAGACUGGGGCAGUGAAGCAGUAUUGGAAGAAAACGAAACAGGCAGACUUAUACGAGACACAUAUGCAAAUAAUUAUUUUGCUUAAUAUGGUCUAAACCAUGUGUAGCCUUUAAAAUUUUCCACUGGCCCCUCAACUUUCUCCUUAGUUGAACAAACACACAGAAGUCAAAGUAUUUAAUGUGAUUUGUCUUUAUUCAGAGUGAAUCUGCCUGUUAGGGGUGAAAACACACAAAUAAAUGUUGU